AUGACUGUAGAUGAGGAUAUAAUUGCUGAAGCUACGAGGAUGAUCACGGAGGGCAUGAAAUUUUAUAGGGACUGUAGCAUCUCUGAUAAAGUCGUAGACAAAUUCCGUAUAACAGAUGAUGAGAGAAAGAAAAUGAGUAUUGAAAAACCUAUAAAAGGAAAAUAUGGUAGAAAUGAGGAUACGAAGAGUGAAGCCAACGACUUCAACUUUGAUUCGGAGACUGAGGGCAACUCGGAGGAGACUAGCAAAAAAGGCAGGAAUAAGGCUAAGAGGAAAAGGAUUGUGGUGGAUUCAGAAAUUUUGGAGUCUAAGGCCGAAUCCUUUGAAGGGAAAUUUAUCGACAAGAAGAAAGGGAAAGUUACUAGAAAGCAAAUGCAGAGGAAGAAGACAAGUAAGGAAAGCAAUAAAGAAAUUAGCAAAAUCUUGAUUGAUUCUAAGGAAGAAGCAGAGGAGAAUAAAAAGGAUGAGGGACAGGAUAAGGAGGGGGAGGAGAAUCAGGUAACGGACAACAUUGAGGGUUUGAAUGCCCAAGACAUGCAGAAAGAGGAGCAAGAAGACAAAAGUGGCAAUAUUAGUGACUGUGUUGGUGAGAAUGCAACUAUAAAGGGUUUCUAUGAGACUGUCAAAAGAGCUACGAUGGGAAAGAAACCCCUGACGGAAAAUGUUAAAGAACUGGCUGUUGCUAUUAAUAAUGCGGAAGCCAUUGAAACGUGUGGACAUGUUGUUGGUUAUGUUCUAAUGAUUGUAGAUUGGUGA